UGGGCAGUGACCUUGCUUGUGACGCAGUUCGCUAGCUAGUCGAAGGAACUGUAAUUUGUUGUUUUUAGUAUUAGAAGAUAUUAUUUCGCUUUUCACAAAGGUGAUUUGUGCUUGAGUAGAGUGCAGCUAAGAUGGCAGCUUAUCCAAGUGCCCCUCCUCCGUCCUACGACCAGGCAGCAACCGGUUACACAAACCCACAGGAAGCCGGUUACAAAAACCCACAGGCAGGAGGUUACACAAACCCACAGGCAGCAGGUUACACAAACCCACAGGCAGGAGGUUACACAAACCCACAGUUUGCCGAACAGGGCUACAAGCAAGAUGCAGCUUACCCACCCCCACAGCCAGCGAUGGCACAACCAUACAGCCAAGGUUACCCCCCACCUUUUGUAGCGGGCGCUGCCCCUCCUGCUCAAGAGCCAAUGGAAGAGCUAGAUAAUAUAUCGGAGUCGGCCUUCAGAACCAAUUCCUUUUCCGAUAAAGCUAUUAGGCGAUCAUUUAUCAAAAAG